GAUUUCUUGACCCUAUCUUUGCUUGCACGCGGCUACCUCAGGUUAGCUGAGCUGCUAGCGUCGUUACGCUUUUUAGCUGUAGCUAAUUAAAGCCAUGAAAAUGUUGACUCUGAUUAAGUAGUGAUGGCCAGAAGAAUAAUUUAAAUUUAACAGUAACAAGAACUGAACUGUUGUGAGAUUUAAUCAAGCGUUUUUGUGUGUUUAUGACGUGCAGCUACUGGCUAGUUAGCCGCUAGUUUGGCUAACGAUGUUUGCAGAGCUCAACAGCAUCUUGAACGUCAGCCCGGAGCACUUCACCACGGGUGUGAGUCUGUCUCAGGCAAAGGAGAGAGGUCAGCUGGUGUUCCUGGAAGGACUCAACGAAUGCUCGGCCAUUCUUAAUCCUGAUGGUGUUAGAACAGGAAGUGAGGCCAUGGCUUUCCUCAGGAAUCCCGGGGCAGGUCUGCGAGCUCUAUUCCAGUUUGCGCACUCCAGCGUCAAUCAUUCCUGGGGCGCAGAGGAGCGGGCAGGCGACGCUGGGGGCGGGCCCCCUGUGGUGCUGGUGGACGACGUGAGCGUGCUGCUCAGUCUCGGCGUGAGUGCGGACGCCGUGCUGGACUUCAGCCAUUACUGCCGCGCCACUGUCUGCUCGCAGCUGAAGGGCAACGUGGUGAUCUUGCUGCGCUGCGACAGAGAAGAAGACGACUACGACGAUGUAGGAAGUGACGAAGGCUUGGAGAGGCUGCUGAGGGGUUUGACUCACCAGUGUAGCCUUGCUCUGCACGUACAAGGUCUCCCGACGGGAUACUGCAGGGACAUCCACGGCCAGGUGGAAGUGUGUGACAGGAGGAGACGAGCUGACGGUCAGCAGAAGAAAACAACAUUUCAGUAUAAAGUCCAUGACAGAGGAGCCUCCUUCUUUGCUCCGGGGACAUCGAGCGCUGUUCUGUAGUCUCGGCACGUCAACGCAUUCCUCGUCUGGGAUUGAGAAAGAGGAAAUAUGACUGUUGACGCCGGCCAAAGAGGCAGGCAGGACAAUUGAUGCUUAUUAGUGCACUUCUGGAUGCGCAUUCUUUUUGGGACGUUUUAAAAGGAUUUUUUUAAACAGGUAUUUCAUGCUUCACAGAGGAUGUCCACGUAUCGUAGUAAUGCCGGGAGAGUCUAAAGUUAAAUUCAAAUGAUGUUACAAUGACAUUGAGUAGCCAAAUAAUUCUGAUUGGGAUGAGGAGCAAAAUAGUACAACUCCGUAGCAACAGGUGCAUAUUUUCAGAAGGCCAAUUCCUAUCUGUGAGAUUCAAGCUAUAAUCAUCCAAAUUAUUUAAUAGGGUCAAUAUCGCUAUGAAGUGCCCUUGGUGUCCUCAUCACAAUAUAGCACAGUAAUACAACUGUCUUAUUACAAGUGACUAAACCUUUGCACUCAUACCAGUACAAUAAUGACAAGUCUCUUAAAAUGGAGACGUGUUGAGUGACAUAACUAGCAUUUUCUCUUUGUUUGUCAUGUUUUGUCAUUUUCUUCACAUUAUGUGUUGUUGGACAUAGUCGAGCUUCACACAUCCUCUCUGCCAUAGUGAAAUAUCAAUUAACAUAAAAACCUGUCAGAAAUUUCAAAAAUAUUUGUCAAACAGUAAAGUCAGCUUGCUAACUGAAUUAUGUUGCUCAGUGAAUGUCUACCAUGUGAUCAUUAAAUGAUGAUUAUUAGCAUAAAAUGUCCACCCUAUCAUUGUCUACUGUGUCAGCGAGCUCACAUAUUUUGCUGCCUGUGUGUACAUUGUCUGCAUGCAGUUAAUUUAACAAAAAAAAAAAAAGUGUGGGACCUUGACCAAUACUCUACUUACUGUAAUUACUUAAUACAAAGAAUAUGAAGUUAAAUGGAAGCUAUUUUUGGGAUGAAAUGGGGAAGUCUCUAAGGCACGUUAAAGUGUUAUUGACAAAAAAAUAAAUAAAUCAUCAAAUCUA